UCAAGGUACCUGGCUCCGGUUGGUUUACGGCCAUUGUGCUGAGGAUUAUCUUUCGAACAGCCAUUCUUCAGUUGCCGCGAACAUUUAGGGAACCCGUGAGGACAGGAAAACCCGCGAGAAUAGGGAACCCGCGACGAUAACAGAAAACGGCGUGAUGGAACAAGGUGAACGACAGGAGAAAGAAGAGGAGGAGGAGGAAGAAGAAGAAAGGGAAGAAGAAGACGACCCAUAUAAACAAACAGAUCGGGGAUGGGCUUGGAUUGUGUUGAUAGCUGCGACACUGGAGAGUUUCAUGAUAGUAGGAUUCCUGAGAUCGUUUGGGAUAUUCUUUGUGGAGUUCAUAGUGGCUAUGGAUACAAACGCGUCCAUUUUGUCAUUGGCCUUAUCAGUACAGACACUGGUUUUCAGCCUCCUGUCCUUAGUAAUCCUUACCAUUUGUGAGAUAUUGGAUGCUAAUCGACCGUUUAUAAUUAUUGGCGGACUCCUGGCCUUUUCCAGCUACUUCUUUAGCAGUUUCGUGAAAACCCCGGAACUCCUCCUCUUGACCAUAGGAUUCUUAUUCGGGGCGGCCGGGGCUUUUGCUCACGGGCCAGCAACAGUGAUGUUAGGGAAAUACUUCGACAAAAGACGUGGAAUGGCUAAUGCGGUAAUGAACUUUGGUGGGAGUUUCGGCGGCCUGGUCCUCCCAAACCUGUUCCGGAUCCUUUUGGAUAUGUACGCUUUACAAGGAACAUUGUGGAUUGUCUCUGCUUUGCUUCUCCAUAUAAUGGUCACAGGAUCACUGAUGCGUCCUCUGAAACGUCGCCCAACGAAAAACAAACUAAGAAAGGAGAAUGGAGGGAGCAAUAUUACAAAACAGUCUGAAUUUAAUGGUGUGAUCUACAAACCAGUUAAAGUUUCAACAGCUUCCAUUGGCCAGUCUUAUGACAGGCUGGUCAUUAAUCAGUCGAAUGGACGGGGUCAAGCAUGGAGUGAUAGGAGGUAUCAAAUGGUACAAGCAGGACGACGACGAACGGUUUCGGAUUCCGGAGUGACUGACGACGUAUAUGCUACGAAAUCCCGUUUUCACAAAAGCUCGGAGUUAGCCCAGGGACUCGGAGACGCCUUAGGCUCCCUUGGUAAUAUACACUUUUCUGUGUCGUCAGCAGGUGACGGAAAUGACAGUGAAGACGAAGAGGAUUCCUGUACUUCUAGGUGUCAUAAACUCACAUGCAAGAAUGUUCUUGGAAGUAUUUUAGAUUUAAAGCUUUUGAAGAAUAAACUGUUUUUGAUGAACUUGACAAGUUCAGUAUGUUCUGUGUUUGGUCUUGCCCUAAUAGUGACCUAUCUACCACAUCACGCAAAGGACGUGGGAAUGAGUGACCAACAAAACACACAAUUACUUACAAUCAUUGGUUGUACAGAUUUGCUAAACAAAUUCAUACUAGUCUUUAUCGCCGAUAACAAGAGGAUCAAACGUCAUUUCCUGGUUGCGGGCUCCUUAAUAAUUACAGCUAUAUCUACUCUGCUGAUUCCCUAUUGCACCGAGUUCUGGUCACUUGCCCUUUACUCGGUGUUGUAUGGGACUUUCCACGGGACGUUUUUCGCCAUGCUUGCAGUAUUAGUCGUGGAUUUUGUAGGGAUUGAACAUAUAUCGAAGGGAUUAGCAAUUACCAUGGUUUCUCAUGGAUUAUCGAUAUGCGUCUUUAAUCCUAUCAUAGGUGCUAUCCGGGAUAAUUUCCACUCAUAUACACUAGCGUUCUACCUCAUGGGAGGUUUUAUGUUAUUCGGAGGGAUUAUACUGUUCUUGGAACCGAAGAUACGCCAAUAUGAAGAAAGGAAGAACAAAGAUGCUAUACAAACAGAACUAUAGUGAACCGCAAAAGCAUUAUAAUUCACAUUAAUAAAUGAAUAAACAAAAAACGUAUUGUAGUGUUAAUUGUGAUAAUGUGGUUACUUUCCAAUCAUGCACGGGAAUGAAUUACUUCAACUCAUACAGAUAAACUGUCAAUCUCGAUCUGUCUGUAUUUUUAAGAGUUUAGUAAUCAUGACUUGAUAUGAAUUACUAUAUAUGUACUUUUUAUUGCAUUCACGUAAAACUAAUGUUAUUCUAAAAUAGUACACAUGAACCUGACAUUAUCACCUGUAAUCGUAUACACUAGUCGCCGGUAUACCCCUGUGACGUCACAUGCCGCUCGUUCUAUAUCAUUUCUCACAUCUAACCCUCUCUA